UUUUUUUUUUUUCUUCCCCCUCUUUAUUUAUUUAUUUGACACAACUUCCCUAGUUCCCCCUUCGCUCCGCUCAGUUUCGCUCUAUGGACAUAUCAGCGAACCUGGACACGGAGGAGCUCAAGAUGACACGAGAGCAGUAUAUAUUAGCAACACAACAGAACAGCCUUCCAAGGACUGAACAUCCUCAGUUUUACCCAGUAGGGAUAUAUGGAUGGCGAAAGAGGUGCUUAUACUUCUUUGUCCUUCUGCUGUUGGUUACCAUGAUUGUUAAUUUAGCAAUGACAAUAUGGAUUUUGAAGGUUAUGAAUUUCACAGUGGAUGGAAUGGGAAAUUUGAGAGUCACUAAAAAAGGAAUACGACUUGAAGGCAUAUCUGAAUUUCUACUUCCACUAUACGUGAAAGAAAUCCAUUCCCGAAAGGAUAGCCCGCUGGUCUUACAGUCUGACAGAAAUGUAACAGUGAAUGCAAGAAAUCACAUGGGACAGUUAACUGGACAACUGACAGUAGGAGCUGAUGCUGUAGAGGCCCAGUGUAAGAGAUUUGAAGUGAGGGCAAGUGAAGGUGGAAGAGUAUUGUUUUCUGCAGAUGAAGAUGAGAUUGUCAUUGGAGCUGACAGACUGAAAGUAACAGGCACUGAAGGGGCAGUGUUUGGGCACUCUGUGGAGACACCCCAUAUCAGAGCAGAACCUUCCCAAGACCUCAAACUUGAAUCUCCUACUAGAUCUUUGGUAAUGGAAGCACCCAGGGGAGUGCAGGUCAAUGCAGCUGCAGGAGACUUAAAGGCAACCUGUAGGAAAGAACUGCACUUACAGUCCACAGAAGGGGAGAUAUUUUUAAAUGCAGAUACAAUCCGACUGGGAAAUCUACCAAUGGGUUCCUUUUCCUCCUCUUCCUCCUCCUCCUCACCCAGCUCUUCAGCUCCUCGCCAGACUAUAUAUGAGCUCUGCGUCUGUCCCAAUGGUAAACUUUACCUGUCCCCAGCAGGAGCAGGCUCCACGUGUCAAUCCAGUAGCAACAUCUGCUUGUGGAGCUAG